CAAAUGCUUAUGACAGUGAACAAAAAGGGUGAAGAAAGAGCUGAGAGAAUGGGGAGAUCGUCGACGACUAAGGACGCUCAAGCACUCAUCCACUCUCUUCGUUCGGCUUAUGCCGCCACUCCCACAAACCUCAAGAUCAUCGAUCUGUACGUAAUGUUUGCGGUCUUUACUGCUCUGAUUCAGGUAGUUUACAUGUCUGUUGUUGGAUCAUUCCCGUUCAACUCUUUUCUCUCGGGAGUACUUUCUUGUGUUGGGACAGCAGUCCUUGCUGUUUGUCUCCGCAUUCAAGUGAACAAAGAAAACAAGGAAUUCAAGGAUUUACCACCGGAGCGUGCUUUUGCUGAUUUUAUUCUCUGCAACCUGGUGCUCCAUUUGGUGAUCAUGAACUUCCUCGGAUAAUUUUUUUCUCUGGGACUGUCAGAAUGGUUUCACUGAAUUUUGAUGGUGAGAUGUAGUGAAAGUAAGUUUGAACUCCUGUUUAUGGAUAUACAAUUCUACCAUAACUGAUUUUGGUUUUAUUUA